AUGACAGAUUUCAAAAGUGCAGCAGCCGUGUUAAAUUAUGGCAAUGCAUCAAAAUUGAACGUUUCACGAUGGAUACAAAAUGGAUACAAAAGCGAUUUUACAUUAUAUUCAUCUGAUGAACCAUCGUUAAAACAGAACAGUAAUAAUAACAUAUUUAAACACGAACAAGAAAAUAACUUUUUUUCAAAUUCAUCUCUACCAGCCCAAUCAUUUUUUAUCACAUCACCGACGGCAUCAUGUUCAACAGCCUGUUCAUUACGAUCUGCUUUCGAUAAUAAUAAUAUUAAAUCAACAACAACAUGGGUUGCACAAGCUAAAUUAACACGAACAGAUUCUAAUCGUAAUAGUACUAGUCUAUCACUACAGACGAAUAAUAAAAAUAGCGGUGGAUUAAAUGGUUCAAUUGACAAUGAUUUACAAGAAAAAUUAAAUUGUAUCAGAGCACAACUCGAUGCUAAAAAACAACGUCGUUUAUCAUCAGCAACAUCAACAGUUUCCUCAACAAAUAAUGAUGAAACUCUAAUUAGUAAUCAUAGUAGUGAACGAGACUCAUAUCAAAAUGAUGAUAAUUUAUUAUCAAAAAAUUCAAAUUCAAAUAAUUUAUUAUCCGUAGUACACAACGAGAUUGAAUUUCAAAAGAAUGAUAAUCAGACGAUUCAACGCAGUAAACAUACUGGAAAUCCAUUGGUUUCUCGUUCAUUUCAAUCACUUCCCAAUUCACGAACAUUUACAUUUUCCAUUAAUUCGUCUGAUUUGAACGAACAAAAUUCACCUCCAACAGUGACAAAUUCCUAUACUCAUCAUCAUCAUCAUUUUCAUUCACCAUCUCAUUUAACAUUGCCAUCAAUGCCUUGUCUUGUGGAAGAAUCUCCAAGUGAAACAAACACGAGUUCCGGUUUUAGUGAUGGAUCAAAAUCAAAUAAUGACAGUGAAAAACAAGAACAAACAAUUCGUGAAAAUAUAAGUAAUAAUACAAAUCCAGCUAUUAUUGAUCUAACUAAACCAUUAAGUAAAGAAGAAAUGUUAGCAACAAUGCAAAUAUUAAAAGAAUUAUGGAAAAAAAAUUUUGGCUCCGAAAUUCCAGAUAUUCAACAUUACAAUCCACCGCCAACAACACCUCUUAAUUCAUCAAAUAAUCGACUUAGAUCACGUUUACUACAUAAUCGAUAUCAUUCAACACCAGCGUUGAAUAAAUUAAGUGCAGAAUUAGGUGAUAUUAAAGAAAAAUUAACAAGAUUCUCAGGAAAAACAUCAAAUGAUACAAAUCAAUCACAAGGCGUCAACAGUACAAAAUCGAACGAAUCUGAGAUUGAUUCAAAAGAGAAUAACAGUCAAAUUGGAAGCGAUGAAUUACUAGACGAAAUAUUUCCAAUAUCGAAUGAGGAAUCAUUAUUUUUGAAUGAAAUUACAUUUGGAAAUAACGUGACAACGAGUGAUAUUGAUGAAAUGCAGCGAAAAAAAGAUGCAUUAAUUCGACGCCAAAUUCAACGACGAGAAGAACAAUUACAGAAAAAAGUGGAAAGACAGAGUAUUUUUGCUAAGCGGCAAGAAGAAUAUCGAUUAUUCGAAGAAUUUAUGAGUCAACGUCGAAAUGAUGAUAAUUUAAGACGAAAUGCAAUAUUACAAGCGCAUGUUGAACAAAAACGAAUGGAAGCAGAUCCUGAUACAAAUCGAAAUUAUAAUAUUACUCGAUUACGACGAAAAGCAUCAUCCGUUUACAAUAGUUCACUUUGUGGAUUAGGUGAUGAAAAUAGUUUUGGAUCAAAUUUUGAUUUAUUUAAAGGAAGAAUGCAAACUCCUCGACGAACCACAACACGUUUUGAUUCACCAACAGCAUCAUUUCAAUCUAAAAUGAAUCGUACUGUUAGUAUGUCAAAUGUCAGAAAUUUAUAUGAAUCAAAUACAUCGAUAGCCACAACAGGGACACCUACAAAAUUACCAUUUGGUGGUAGUCUUAUGAAUUUAACUUCACAAGAUUAUUCACCCUUUGGAACAAAACAAAUACCUCGACGAAAAAUAGUACCAAAUAAUUAUGAUUUAUCAUCACUAAGUGCAUCAUGUACAUCAUUAGCAACAACAGUGGGUAGUCGUUUAACAAGAAAUCCAGCGUUAUUAACAAAAUCGAAUAAACAAUCAACAUUGAAUGCUCUUAAACAAGUUGUACUGGCUGGGCCGGCGAAUGAUCGUCAACGAGAAAUUGUGUAUCGAGAAGUUGAAUUAAGUGAUCAUCGUCAUUAUGUGAUAUUAUUUCGCGAUCAUCGUUUACAAUAUCGUGCAUUGUAUGCAUAUAUACCAGACACAGAUGUUAUUGAAAAAAUACAUGGUCAAGGUCCGCAAAUUAUCACAGAAAUAAUGGUAGAAAAAUUUUACAAAUACAAUUCUGGUAGUAAACAAUUUUCAAACAUUCCAAUUAAACAUUUUUCGAUACAAUGUGAUGCUGUUGUGAUACAUAAUGAUUUUUGGCAACGAAAACUUUUGAAUAUAAAAUAUUAG